AUGUCAAAAUUUAUAAUUACCAGAGGAAUAACUUACCGUUUGGCGGAUUCUCCGCUUUACACUUCAACACUGGAGACCUACGAAGUGACCUCCCCUACACUAUCAUCGCCAAUGAUGGAGAAUACUCGCCUACAACACCUUCAUAGCUCAUCCCUAUCAGCAGCAGCUUCGGCAACAUCAAAAUCAACGUCAAUUAAGACAUCAAAGACUGUUGCAACCUCUUCCAUGACUGUGGAAGGCAUGAAAACCUUGUCCGUGAGAUCUGCCUCCGCAAGCACCACAAAGAGCAGUUUUUUGGAGAGCAGCAGCACUAGCAGAAUGAUAGAAGAUUCGUCAAAGUUGGUGGCAAAUAUCACAGAGAUGCGAAACCUGUUUCAGCAGAGCAAUGUCUCCGAAUCGGUGCUGGAGCAAAUUGAGCAUCACUGUCAGGCAAGAGAUGCUUUGGAGACCUUUCUACCACCGUCUUCGAGGCAGGUGGAACCGCUUUUCACGCAAAGGAAGGGCUCAUCAGCGCAUUUAACAACAAAUGAGAUUGGAUUUCGCUUCAAACAGGUCAAAAAACGGACAAAUCUCACUUGCCUUCGACUUCUCAGACAGCUUGUCAAUGAAGUGGGUCUCGACGCCGCACUAAGCGGUUCCGUUGGUGUGCCCAUUCUCGAGGCCUUCUGUUCCUGUUCCAUUCCCGACUCCUCGCCACCAUUAUCCUCCACUGCUGGCACUGGACUCACGGAAACCACGAUGGUGUUCAAAAAUGAAUUACCUCCUGGUGAAAAAAUGCGUCAGGCUGUCAGACUCCUGAUGGCCAAGGGGAGGGAUGCAACGAUGGAUCGAGAGUUGAACAGCGAGUUCGUCGCUCUCAUUGAAGAACUGACCAAUUACAACGAGAACACAUGUCAGGACGUGAUUGAAGAAGGCGGUUUGGAUUGCGUCUUCCGUGCCUGUCGAUCAGAGGACACUGAAGCGGUGAAACAUGCCCUUCUGUCGAUGGUGAAUUUGUUGCAUCGAGUUGGCAGAGAUCAUCAAUACGAAAUGGUGCGCCAAAAUACCUUUGCUUGGCUUCUUCUCCUUGCUCUCCAAUCCAAUGAAGAGAUUCAAUACUACGUCUUCCUCAUUGUCACAAUCCUCUCCAAUAAUCGCACUGGAGCUCUUCGAACAUCCGACGUGAUACUAGCUAUGACGACAAAAAAUGGGGAAAUGAAACGCACCCCUGUUCUUCUUUGCGGUGUCGUCGUCGUCAGCGCUCCGCAUUGUCGCCCUUCAGCUUCAACUGUAGCGAGUCCUGGUGCGACUUUCAACCAACCUCUAAACAGGAUGGAAUUAGAUGGAGUUCUGGAUCGAUCCUUGUUGAUGAGUCUCAUGAUCCCCUUCGUAAAGCGCCAUGAUGUACGCGAUUUUGCUCGUCGACAUUUCACCGAUCAGACCACCAUCUUCUCGGGCGAUUGGCUCCUCUUCCUUCUACCUGCGCUGACGUCAGAAACUUAUGUGGAAGUUGAAGCAUUUGCAGCUUUCCAUUUCGCCAUUGCAGCACACUUAAAGCCCGAUAUCCUCCUUGAACUGGGUCCAGGGAGUGCCCGCGUUGAGUCGGCGCUGGUGAAGAUUUCCGGCUUAAAACGAGAUCCAGCCUGGAAGUUGGCAGCUCUGGCAUUGGAUAGCAUGGGCUCGAAAGUACCCAAGGCACUAUCUCUCCAGGUGUUCCAUUGGCCGGUGGAAGAUGUUGUCUGCUGGAUGAACAGGGAGGGGUUCGAGGCGGUGGCAGAGAAAUGCAAAACUCUUAAAAUUGAUGGGGACAUUUUACUUAGCCUGACCGAAAAGGAGUUGGAGGAAGGACUGGGGAUUACUAACUGCAUUGCUAGACGCAGAUUUAUGCGACAACUAUGUCACCUCAAAUCCAUGGUCAAUUAUUCCCUUAUUGAUCCAACUGGAGUGGCCGAUUUCCUGGCAGAGGCCUCAAAAGAUGUUCGUGACUCCAACAGCAGGACAGCUGAGACAGUGAGCGUGGAUAAAGACAGAUUAUCUCGAUCGACGUCUUCUACAACCACCGCCCUGGCUAUAGCAUCAACCAUCCCUACCGCCCUACUCACGCAGUACACAUACACCCUCCUGUGUCAUGGAGUGACACGUCAACGAUUGCUGGAAGUGACCGACGAGGAAUUGAAGAACACCUUCCACAUCUCGGAUGCUACUCAUCGACGUCAAUUACUGAAAGCGGUGAAAAAAGACGCCAGUGGAGGCAGUGCUGCCCACGAUGCCUCAGAGAAUCACAUCGACUUCUUCAUAUCCUACCGUCGCUCCAACGGCACACAUCUGGCUAGUCUGAUAAAGACGUUAUUACAAUUGCGAAAUUAUCGCGUCUUCUUGGACAUUGAACGACUCAAGGGAGGUCGAUUCGAAAAUAAGUUGAUGGAUUCUAUCAAACACUCCGAGAAUUUCAUCCUAGUGCUUACGGAGGGCGCAUUGGAUCGAUGCAGUACGGAUGGAAGUAUUGACUGGGAGAUUAACUGUGCGUUGGAAAACAACUGCCACAUUAUUCCCCUCUCCGAUCGAUUCGAUUGGGGCAACGCCGACACUCUACCCGAGGACAUCUGCGCCAUCACGAAAUUCAACUCCGUCCAAUGGACUCCAGAGCUGGAGGAGGGUUGCAUCGAUCGUAUCAUCGAAUUCAUGCGACAGAAUUCCCAAUCGGAGGAGGGAAAGAAAUAA